AUGAUAAAAGAUCAUUCUCCAUUAGAUCACACUUUGUUAUUAGAUCCAUCUCAAAUUUAUAUUUUAAAAUUCCCACCAGAAUUAAAUCGUACACUUUAUCCAAUUCAAUUAAUGAAUUUAAACAAAUUCUAUCAUCAUUUUAAUGAGAUUGAAUGUAAACGUAUUGAACAAGUUCAAUCUAUUAUGAAUUCUUAUUCAAUGAAUCCAUGGUUUAUUCUAGAAUAUUCUUUAAAACAAAUUCAAUGUUUAUCUUAUAAAAAUUUAAAUGACAUUUUAAAAUUCAAAUAUCAAUUAUUUAAUGAUUAUUUAAAAAAUUUAAAAUUUGAAGAUUUAAAUUUAAAAAAAAAACAAAAUCAAUAUAAACAAAAUUAUAUUGAUUUAUUGAAAAUGAUUCAAUUUGCAACUGAUGAAGCACAUUAUAAAUACUACGAAAUGUGUAUAAAUUAUAGAAAUAAUAUAAUAAAACAAUAUAAAAUUGAUAAAGAAGCAUCAUGCAAUCAAACAAUGAUUGAACAUGAUAAUACAGAACCAAUUCUAAAUCGAAUUGAAAAUGUAAAAAAAAGCACAAGAAUUAAAUCAUCAAGAAGUUCAAAAUCUAGUUCAAAAAGUCGAUCGAAUUCGAAUCAACGAAGAAAUUGAAAGAAAAAUAAUUAAUUCUUUGUUUUACUCUCUUGUUUUUUCUACCUCUCCUCAGCUCCCGUCGUCGUCGUCGUCGUUAAUAAAUUGUUGUAUCACUGAUUGAAAUCAUGAGUCAAUUGGAGCUAGAUCAGCAUGGAAAACCUGGAAACACUGGACAGCCGUUACGUCCUUGUAUGGGACACCUCAGUAGCAGUGCGCAUCCACGAUCCCUCACCCCGUGAGGUUCAAACCGAUGACGUGUCAGUCUCACGCCAGGCGCUUAGCCAACUAAACCAUGAUGGUCUAGCUUCAAUUGACUCAUGAUUUCGAUCAGUGAAAUUUCUAAAUAUUUCCACAAAACCCCUUCUGGUUAGUAUCGAUAAGAUUUCUCUCCUCACAAGAUUUGAACCCAGGACAUAUCAGUCUCUGGAUUGUGGAUACGCAGUGUUGAGGAGUCCCAUAAUAGGACAAAAUGGCUAUCCAAUGCUUUCAUGUUUUCCAUGGUGGUUUAGCUUCAAUUCACUCAUGAAUUGAACUAUUGAAAAUACUAUAAUAUCCACAAAGAUCCCUUCUU